GUCGCUGCCCACAGCCAGAGCGUUCGUUCUGCAGCUCACUCGUCUGACAUCUGUCAAUUUCAGGAUCUCAAGCUACUCUAAUCGCGAAGCAGACGACUCCCUGUCCCACUUGUCACCACCAUAAUGGCGUCUGAAUCGCUCGGGGAAGGAACGUCCUCAAAGGCAUACAAAACAUAUCCCAACAAACGAUACGCGGAGUCUGGGUCUGUCGCAAUUCGUUCCGGUGUCGAGCUUGGUCAAGAUGAAGAGAUGGAUGACCUCCCGACCAACGCAAUAGACGGGGAUCUUGAAGUGGAUGUUGCCGAACUCAGCCUCGGCCAGCGCCUGACGGCGCUCUCGGGCGAUGCGAGGCCAACAACCUCCUCGGACAGCGACGAUGCUGCAACCCCAAAAUCCAAAAAGGCGCGGAAAUCCGGCGCUGCAGACAACGGCAGCGUCCCGGCCAACUCUCUCACGCGGACGCUGAUCCAGGCACUGCACUCGUCGGACACAAGACUGCUAGAGACAUGCCUAGCGCAUUCAGACCAGAACCUGAUUCGGAACACUGUCCGCCGACUUCCUCCCCAGCUAGCGGUCCCCUUAAUAACAGCGUGCGUGGAGCGGCUGGGACGCGGUGCGCGUGCCACGAACAUGAAGGGAGGGGGCGGUGGGGCCAGUUCUCAAAGAGGCACGACGCUCAUAUUAUGGAUCAAGUCCGCCUUGGCGGUGCACAGCGGUCAUCUGAUGACA